GUUACGUAUUUGGGUCAUCCAGGCAGACUGGGUUGUGUCUCUGCGCAUUCACGUUGGUUGAAAUUCUGAGUUGUUUUUCGCUUUCCAGGAAUCUGUGAAGUUUAUCAGUUCAAUUUUUUGGAGGUUGGGUCGAUUACAAUCUAUCGUAGCAGACACUGAGAGGAUAGGAAGAAGAAGAGAAAAGGGGAAAAGAAGAGAGGAGCAGAAGAGAGAAAGAAAAGAGAAAAAGAAAGAAAAAGAGUUGAUUCUCUUUCGGACAUGUCAUGUGUGUUCUGUUUUGGAAGAUCCUUAACUUGCUUUGUGGACUGAGACGACAAUGUCUCCGAUGUUAAGUAGCUGGCAUCAGGUAUCUUAUUCCCAGUCUGGCAGGCCCAAGCACAUGUAUCCAGAUUCACCACUGUGCUACAGUAUUUGAAAGUUAAGUUAUUGGAUCAGAGCCGUUCGUUGUUCUUUGGAAAGAAAAAAAAGUGCAGAUAAGUAGAGUGUUUUUGGAAUCAUGAGUUCCAGUGAAGAUGGUUCAAAUAAUUUGAGUCCUGUGCUCAGAGUAAGUCAGCUGGAUGCUUAUGAACUAAACCGAGCCCUUGAACAGCUGGUGUGGGCCCAGUUUACACACUGUUUCCAAGGAUUUAAGCCAGGGUUAUUAACCUAUGUUGAACCAGAACUGAAGGCCCUUCUACAGCUUUUGUUAUGGAGGUUCACAGUAUAUUCUCAAAGUGCCACUGUAGGACAGACCAUACUAAGUAUAAGGUACAAGAAUAACUUAGCCCAGACUCAGAAAUAUCAGCCAAUGAGCAAGCACCAGAAAUUAUGGUAUGCUGUAUGCACCAUUGGUGGAAGAUGGCUACAAGAAAGACUACAUGAUUUAUUCAAGAACCAGCCUUCAGAGUCAGCUUAUCACAAGACCAAACAUUUUAUUAGUAUCAUAUUGGGACUCCUGCAGACUGCAAGGCUGAUAAAUUUUCUUAAUUUUCUUCAGAAAGGAAGAUUUGCAACAUUAACUGAACGUCUUUUGGGAAUCAGGGCAGUUUUCUCUAAACAUCAAGGUACACGUCAGGUUGGAUUUGAGUACAUGAACAGAGAAUUAUUGUGGCAUGGCUUUGCUGAUUUUCUCAUCUUUCUUUUACCUCUGGUUAAUGCCAAAAAAUUAAAAAUGAAUGUGUUGUCUUGGUUUGUGUCACAGGAAGGGCUUCCUGGUAAUGAUUCAUCAGCUAUUCGGUGUAAAGAAUGUGCAGUUUGUAGUGAGUGGCCAAUCAUGCCACAUACCAUAGGGUGUCCACAUGUUUUUUGUUACUACUGUAUUAAAAGUAAUUACUUAUUUGAUGUAUACUUUACCUGUCCCCACUGUGGUAGUGAAGUACAGGAAAUACAGCCUCUGAAAUACACGACGGAACUGACUGAGUUAAAUGUAACCUAGAGAUGCUAUUAAAAUAUCUGUGUGACCGGUACUAGUUAUCUGCUAGCUGAAGUCCAAGAUACAAAGUAUUUCAAUGCCUUUGAAAUGCCUGCUAUGCUGUUAUUUUUUUAAUAUGUGACAUUAGUAGCUAGGCACCUUCCAAUGAGUUAUUUAAACUGUUAUUUGAGCUUUGUCUUCUAAUUUGCUCUGUAUAGCAAGCUUGCAUUUUUUCUGAGAUGUAUUGUAAGUUAAAAUAUUGUGUUAUAGUAACAUACAUCUAGCAAUGCAUACAGUUUUUCUGUAAAAAAAGAGAGAGUACCAUAUUUGA